CUUUAUCAUGUUGUCGUGGAUUCGUAAUAGAUGGACGGCAUUAUGCCUGCUUAUAAUGGCUUUUGGGGCUUUGAUACUGUUCCUGUAUGGAUUUUUUCCAUUAAAAUAUCAUUCAGGAAAGUUAGCCCAUAUGGAUGACUUGCCCAACUUUAUUGAUGGUGUCAGUAUUGAUGGUCAAACCGUGUACAAUUCUGGAGAACACAGUGUAGUUUUGAUGGUAAUAGACAGUUUACGAUAUGACUUUGUCACUGAAGAGUACAUGCCAUAUACUGCUGGACUGUUAAAGAAUAAAUCUGCUUGCAUAUAUGUGUCCAUAGCAGAGCCACCAACUGUUACCAUGCCCAGAAUAAAGGCAAUGAUGACUGGUAGCGUGUCCACGUUCGCUGAUGUUGCGUUAAACUUCGGCGCGCCUGCAGUCCGCGGCGACAGUGUGUUACGCGUCGCGGCUGAUAGAGGGCGCAAAUCCGUCAUGUAUGGAGAUGACACGUGGCUGAGACUGUUCCCAGGUCUUUGGGCGGAGUACGACGGCACUACCUCGUUCUAUGUUACUGAUUAUACUGAGGUUGAUAAUAAUGUAACAAGACAUUUGGAUAAAGUUCUGACACCAAAUGACAAAAAUAAACCUACUUUCGACUUCCUCGUAUUACACUAUCUAGGUCUAGACCACAUCGGUCACUUAGAGGGGGCUCGUAGUUCAAAAAUCAAAGUCAAGCUUAAGGAAAUGGAUGAUGUGGUCAAAAAGAUAUUCAGCGCCAUGCAGAAGUGGGACAGAACUGGAGUGCUGCUUAUAUGUGGAGACCAUGGGAUGCGUGACGCGGGCGGACACGGUGGAGCCUCUCCUGCGGAAGUCCUAGUGCCCCUAGUGGUCGCCAAAAGUAAUGACUUCGAAUGUCCCUACCCUGCAGGCCCAGGCCCGACUGUGGCACAAGUGGAUGUGGCGCCAUCUGUCGCGUGGCUUCUGAACGCGCCUCCGCCUGGCGAUAAUACUGGCAGAAUACUACCCUCGCUAUUGCCUACUGAUACGAGGCAACACCUGUACUUACUGCACGUGAUGACCUCACACAAUGCGAAGCAACCGUCAAUGCCGACGGAUGCAGAAUUCUUCAAACAAUACCAAAGAGCGGAGAAGCAGUUCUCUCACUACUUAGCUACAGGACAACAGAGCGCCGCUAAAAUCGCCAAGGAGUUCUACGAGGAAUCUUUGACGGAAAUGGCAAAAUAUCUGAAUGAGACAACUGUAAAUUUCGACAUGUUCGCACUCAUACUUGCCACAAUACUACUGUACUUUAUCGUGAUGGCUCUACUAUGCAUAACCCUAUAUUCCCUACAACCUGAGCAAGGGCGUAGAAUCAGUUUGACCCACAACAAGUCCACCAGAAUGGGCGUCUUCCUCGCAUUCUUCGUCAUACUAACAGUGACUAUCACCAUACUCACAAUAAUGUGUUUUAUCACUGAGACCAAGAGUCGAGUUUGCUCUUUCCAAUCAGUAUGGGGAGCCGCUUUCGUGCUCAUAGCGUGUGUAUUCACAAUGACAUACUUUAUGAUAAAAACGGCGUUGGAAAAGAUAAAAGAUUUGACGCCCUUUAAGGAUUUGAACGCUGUUGACUACCUCCUGAUUUUCGGAACGGUCUUCCAUGCGUGGUCGUUCUUCGGCACUAGUUUUAUAGAAGAAGAGCAUAUGACGUGGUAUUUCUUCUGGAACACUCUGAUGCUGUUUGUGUUAGUGAGGACUUUAGCAGCACUCUUGCUGUACAUUGGCAAAGCGUACACGGGUGCCACAGAAGUACGAGACAAGUUUGAUUUGUUAAAGAAGAUGCAAGAUAAUUUAGCCACUGUGCCCAAGUGGAUCUUGCUCAUAGCGUUGCACAGGUAUCUGAGAACCAUGAACCAAACCGGGGACCGAUGGCUGUUUCUACCGGACACAGCAGAUUGGUUGAAUGAACCUCAAAAUGCUUGGAUACUCGAAAUACAUCUGUUAGUAGGAACGGUCGCGACAUUAACAAUAUGUCUAUGGAAUCUGCGCUAUUCAAACAACAUUAUGCAAAUGCACUCAGCGUUCACAGUAUUCCAAACCCUAAUGAUCAUCGCCUAUAGGAUCGCGAGUGGGGCACUCGAAACCCCAUUUCCCGAAGUAAAGCAAUGGGACACAGUUAUUAUAGUCAACGUUUUCUGGGGCCUUCUGAUUGGUCAAUUUGUGUUCGAAAUAAUGACGUACAUUGGCAUAUUCAGAAUGUGCGGCGUCAACCCAACCAGUAAAUUAGAUAACAGCAAAUUCGUCUACAAUAAACCCAAAGCGAAGACUGAGGAUUACUUCUACGAUCCGAUGCUGGAAGAACCAUGGAAUUUGGAGGAAGUCAAACUGAAUCUGGCGAGGUCUAUAACUCAUCUGAUGAUGAACAGUUUAAUGUUGAUCGUGAUUCUACUCAUGAGACCCCACAAUGUGAUAAUGGUACCAAGUGUUUAUUUGACUUGCGUUCUGACUUCUAAGUGUUUGGACCACAAAAUGUUCGAUACCAAAACAGGGAGGAACACUGAGAUAGUGGAUGUUUUGAGUCAAACGCUUGCGCACCUGUGGAUUGGAGCUGUUUUCUUCUUUUAUCAAGGCAACUCAAACAGCCUGGCUUCAGUUGACCUGGGCUCCGGGUACGUGGGGCUGCGCGAGUACUGUCCGUUCCGCGUGGGGGCGCGCAUGGGACUGCACGCGUACGCCGGACCCGCGCUUGCAGGCUGCACGCUGUUCUGUACGCUCGCCGCGCAAGCCCGAAACUGGGACCAGUACUUACAGUCGUUGUGGCGGGCCUGCAACAUAUUAGCCUUCCAAAGAGCUUACGCCAUAGUGAUAUACUGUGUUAUAGCUAUAAUAUUUAGGCAUCACUUGUUCGUUUGGUCUGUGUUUUCGCCCAAACUACUGUACGAUUUCGUGGGAACAGUUUUCACGAUACAAGCGUUGGGUACGCUAGCACAGAUUGUUGGUCUCACACAUUUAACUAGUUGGCUGGCCCGGGCGCUCACAUAUAAAUCAAGGCUAUGAUAUUAACCAAAUUGUAUAAAAUAGGUUAGUGCGUUUUUCGGUCAGUAUUUGUUGCUAGUGAAGAAUUUCCCUAUUGGAUGUAAAUUAAUUAACUGAACUACGGCUAGAACAGGAAGCGGUACAACAAAGUCGAUGAAAGGUUAUUGGCCAAUGCAGAGAUUGUAUUUUUUUUUAAAUGACAUUUUAUUUAAAAAAAAUAAUAUAGGAC